GCGGGAUGUGCGAGAGCUACUCGCGCUCGCUGCUGCGGGUGUCGGUGGCGCAGAUCUGCCAGGCGCUGGGCUGGGACUCGGUGCAGCUGAGCGCCUGCCACCUCCUCACCGACGUCCUGCAGCGCUACCUCCAGCAGCUCGGCCGGGGCUGCCACCGAUACUCCGAGCUCUAUGGCCGGACGGACCCCAUUUUGGAUGAUGUUAGUGAAGCUUUCCAACUUAUGGGAGUCAAUUUUCAUGAACUAGAAGACUAUAUUCACAAUAUUGAACCUGUGACUUUUCCACAUCAAAUUCCUUCGUUUCCAGUCAGCAAGAACAAUGUCCUCCAGUUUCCACAACCUGGAAGUAAAGAUGCCGAGGAAAGGAAAGAAUACAUUCCUGAUUAUAUGCCACCCAUUGUCUCAUCUCAAGAAGAGGAAGAAGAGGAGCAAGUACCUACUGAUGGGGGUACAUCUGCCGAAGCAAUGCAGGUUCCGCUGGAGGAAGAAGGAGAAUUGGAAGAGGACGAGGCUAUUAAUGAUGAAAAUUUCUUGAGCAAAAGACCACUAGAUAGUCCUGAAGUAGAAGAAAUGCCUGCCGUGAAGCGACCAAGACUAGCUAGCAGUAAAGGGGACACGUUAGAUAUAGUAUUGGAACCACGAGAACCACUUGGCCUAAUAAACACACAGAAGGUUCCGCCAAUGCUUUCUCCAGUGCAUGUGCAGGAGAGUUCAGACUUAGCCCCACCGUCACCAGAGCCACCAAUGUUGGCUCCAGUUGCAAAGUCACAAAUGCCAACUCCAAAGGCAUUAGAAACAAAACCAUUCACACCCAAAACCAAGGCCAAAACUAGUUCUCCUGGACAAAAGACUAAGUCGCCUAAAGCUGCUCAGUCCCCAGCUGUGGUGGGGAGUCCAAUCCGGUCCCCAAAAACCGGAUCCAAAGAGAAAAAGUCUCCAGGACGUGCCAAGAGCCCCAAAAGUCCCAAGAGUCCAAAGGUUCCAAUACAUAUUCCCCAAGCUGCAGUCAAAGUGGAAACGCCAAAUCGAACCCCUCUGGCCGCACUGAGCGAAAAGAUGGGGAAAGAGAACAUUCAAGUAAAACCAGCCCAAACUCCUCCCGAAGCUGGGAAACUGAACAGUGAGAACCAGUCCAAGAAAGCCUCCGUAGUGGACAAAGCCAUUGAUGACUCGAUCGAUGCUGUAAUUGCCCGUGCGUGUGCCGAACGGGAACCAGAUCCCUUUGAGUUUUCUUCAGGUUCCGAAUCAGAGGGAGAAAUCUUUACCAGUCCUAAGAGACUUUCGGUUCCAGAGGCACCAACACCCAAGGUUUCCAUUUCUUCAAACAAUUUCAGUAAAGGAGGAUCCACCCCUGUUCCUCCUUCAGGGGGAACUUCAAGCUCGGAUAUUUCAUGGACAAUGGAUGACUCUAUCGAUGAAGUGAUCCGGAAGGCAAACAUGGGAACCCCCUCCAGUGUGCCCACCAACUUUCCAUAUUUCUCUUCUCCUUCUGCUUCCCCUCCCACCCCAGAACCUCUUCUAAAAGUGUACGAGGAGAAAACCAAGCAAACUUCAUCAGUUGAAGUGAAAAAGAAGUUGAAAAAGGAGCUCAGGACAAAAAUAAAAAAGAAAGAAAAGCAGAAAGAGAAGGAGAAAGACAGAAGCAAGGAAAAAAAUAAAGAGAAGGAUAAAAGCAAAGAAAAGGAGAAAGAAAAGGAAGCCACUAAAGAAACGAAGUUUCAGUGGAAGGACCUUCUCAAAGAGGAAGACUCGGAUCCUUACAAAUUCAAACUUAAAGACUUUGAUGAUGUGGAUACUAAAGUGAAGUUGAAAGAAGGCAAUGCGAAGAAGGAGAAAGAGAAACAUAAAGACAAGAAGAAAGAUAAAGAGAAAGGCAAGAAAGAUAAAGAGAAGAAAGAAAAAGAAAAGGUUAAGGAGAAGGGAAAAGAAGAGAAGGUGAAAGCCCCUUCUGCCCCUCUAGUAUUGCCUCCCAAAGAGAUGGCUUUGCCUCUGUUUAGUCCCACUGCAGCAAUGAGGCUACCAUCUAUGUUACCUUCCCUGACGCCGAUACUUCCAGAAAAGUUGUUUGAGGACAAAGAAAAACCUAAAGAGAAAGAUAAGAAAAAGGACAAGAAGGAGAAGAAGAAAAAAAAAGAGAAGGAGAAGGAAAAGGAGAAGAAGGAGAAGGAGAAGGAAAAGGAGAAGAAGGAGAAGGAGAAGAAAGAGAAGGAGAAGGAGAAGCACAAACACGAAAAGAUAAAAGUGGAACCAGUUGUUCCAGCCCCAUCACCUGUUAUCCCCCGACUAACUCUGCGAGUCGGUGCUGGCCAAGACAAAAUUGUGAUCAGCAAAGUGGUUCCAGCACCGGAGGCUAAACCACCUCCCUCUGCGAACAGACCCAAGACGCCACCACCGGCCGCUCCCCCAGCACCUCCACCUGUCCACGUGUCUCCCCCACCAGUGCCUGCACCCCCUCCAGCCCAAGCCGCUGCAGCUCCUGCUUUGAUCCCACCUCCAUCUCCUGCUGUUCCUGCAUCAGGAAGCUCCAAAACCCCUGUCCGGAGUGUGGUAACAGAAACAGUCAGCACUUAUGUGAUCAGAGAUGAAUGGGGCAAUCAAAUUUGGAUCUGCCCUGGUUGUAACAAACCAGAUGAUGGUAGUCCAAUGAUUGGCUGUGAUGACUGUGAUGACUGGUACCAUUGGCCCUGUGUUGGAAUCAUGGCUGCCCCUCCAGAAGAAAUGCAGUGGUUUUGCCCAAAAUGUGCCAACAAAAAGAAAGAUAAAAAACAUAAGAAGAGGAAGCACAGAGCACACUGAAACCCCAGGGCGAGGGGGUCGGAGGUGCACAGUGUCAUAUCGGGGCUUCUGCCUUGGUAAAGAGAUUUGGGGUGAUUCUGCCAACUCCUCUAUCGUCAGGUGAUGAGGAUGAUGAAUCGUGGAUGGUUCAGGAAUGAGACUACAUCGUCUACCCUGGACCUCUGUCUCCUGCCAUCGUCCGGCCCCGUGGGAACGAUUUGUACUAUAAUACUGUAUCGCUGGUUUCUGUCAGCUAGAGGCACACAAAGUGGAGUGGUAAGAGGGUAAAUUCCGCCCAGCCCCGUCUCCUGCCGUUCUGCAGCAACAGGGACAGGUGUUGUAAAUAACAAAUCAUCUUUUUUUCUUUUUGUGAUUUUUUUUUUCUUUAUUCUCUCGUGAGCCUUUUCCUUACGGUGUCAGAUGAGAGGAUAAAGUGUAAAUUGCCUUGACUGUAAUUUAAGACGACAUUCUGGAGUGAUUUCAUUAGUCUGAAUACAGUUUUUCAACCUCUUCGCUGCAUAGUCAGAUAAUCACAGCAACCCAGAAGAAAACUCCAGAGUGCUGGUAAAUAUUUUUGUGAGAAGAAUAUAUGAAGCUUCCCCCCCCACACCCUUGUUUUUAGUACUAACAUAUAUAAACAUGUUCAGGCUUUUGUGAAAUAUCUUCUAUUUUUUAAAGAAAAGUUUCUAUUGUGUCCGAUUUUCUUCUGUGCAAAUUGUUUUUGAAGUUUCUGUAAUAUAUUUUAUAUUAUUUGUUGUUUUGUAAUUUUGCUCUCCUUUAAGCUCCCCGGUGUCCCUUCUCACCAAUUGUACAUUUCAUCAACAUGUGUAAAAACACUUCACAUUAAAGAUCUUCCCCACUGUAAAUACUGAAUAUUUAUGAAAUACUUAAUGAUUUUUUUAAAUAUUUUGAUCAAGUGUUUGAUUCUAGCUGUCUAUGAAAUCCACCGUGAUUUCUGCAACAGCUGAGAUUGCAAGCACCCACGAGAGCAGAGAGGGGUGAUUUUCCCCGUGGUUGGGCCAGUGCAGCCAACCAACAGCACUGUGGGAGGAAAAGGACCCUAGUAGUUGGAAGGAUAGCAAGGGAAUUUUAAUUUGUAGCAGAUGAUUUGAAAUCCUCUGUUUGCAACCCAGUUUCAUUUCUGUCAAUGUGUCUGUGCUUAAGUUGAUUAAAAGGACAUAGAGAAUCCCAUAAAGAGCAAAAAAACAAAUCCUUUGGUGUCUUGUGUUUAUGGUGUUUCUGUGAACCUUAUCAUUGACAUUGUAUUUUGAGAGCAAUUGAGUAAACUCUGAGGUGACUCUGUUAUUUUUAAAGAAACAAUUGCCGGGUAACAGAAAAUUUUGCUCCAGUAUGAGAUAUUUCAUACGUGCUGUCAUAUGGAUGACUGGGAGGUAAUGCAGUACCUGGAAUUUAAUUUUAGAGCCAUAGGGUGAAAGUGGACAUUGUUACUUAAUUUUGGAAUAAUCAAAAUUUGAGCCAUACGAUGAUAAAUAUCUUGAAUCCUAAGGUACAGACUUUCAAUCUUUUGUACAAAUAUUAAUGGAAAUUAUUUUUAAUGCCAAGUAAAUGGAUAUUAGUGUAUGAAUUAAUCAUGUUUUAAAAACAUAUUGCCUGGCUAGGGAACUAGAGUUUUCCUGCUGUGGCUUUUAAAUUGCAAAUCAGUAGAGGUGCAGUUGGCUUAUUAAGAGUGCAGUAUUACAUUGCCCUCCUUGUUCAAUGCCACCCCUUAAAGUUUUUCCAUUCCUUCAAAAUACCAGAGUAAGCAUAUUUGCUGAGACUUCUUUUUUUUAAUUUGGGAUCAUUCCAUGUUUGAAAACGCCUCUAUUCUUUGCAGAAUAUAUUCACACAAAUGCAGAAAUUUGCUCCUUUUUGGAAGUUCAAAAUAAAGAUUGCUGGCUGUUUUGUAGAGUGCUUUUCCA